AUGGAUAUCUUCUUUUCUCCCAGCAGUAGUUUAUUUAUCUAUCAAUCCAUCAAUAUCUGUUUAUAUAUGGCGAUAUUUUACAUAAAUCUAUCUAUCUAUCUAUCUAUUUAUCUAUCUGUUUAUUGUUAUGUAUAUAUCUCUCUCUCUCUCUUUUCAUAUCUAUCUAUCUAUCUGUUUAUCUAUCUAUCUUUUAUCUUUAUAGCUCUCUCUAUCUAUUUAUCUGUCUAUCUAUCUUUUCUUUAUCUAUCUAAUUUGUUCAUCUAUCUAUCUAUCUAUCUAUCUAUCUAUCUAUCUCUGUGCAUUUGCAGAUCUAUUUGUGCGCAACGAGCUGUUCAUAUCUAUCUAUCUAUCUAUCUAUCUAUGUCUGCUCAUAUCUAUCUCAGUCUGUUUAUAUCUAUCUAUCUAUCUAUCUAUGUCUGCUCAUAUCUAUCUCAGUCUGUUCAUAUCUAUCUAUCUAUCUAUCUAUCUAUCUAUCUAUCUAUCUAUCUAUCUAUCUAUCUAUGUCUGCUCAUAUCUAUCUCAGUCUGUUUAUAUCUAUCUAUCUAUCUAUCUAUCUAUCUAUCUGUUCAUAGCUAUCUCGAGCUGUUCAUAUCUAUCUAUCUAUCUAUCUAUCUAUCUAUCUAUCUAUCUAUCUAUCUAUCUGUUCUUAGCUAUCUCGACCUGUUCAUAUCUAUCUAUCUAUCUAUCUAUCUAUCUAUCAUCUAUCUAUCUAUCUAUCUAUGUCGGCUCAUAUUUGUCUCAGUCAGUUUAUAUCUAUCUAUCUAUCUAUCUAUCUAUCUAUCUAUCUAUCUAUCUAUCUAUGUUCAUUGCUAUCUCGAGCUGUGGGUCCUGUGGGUGUUGAACAAACACAAAUGUGUCUGCGACGGGUGUCUGCGACGGGUGUCUGCGACGGGUGCCUGCGCGGGUGUCUGCGCGGGUGUCUGCGACGGGUGCCUGCGCGGGUGCCUGCCCGGGUGUCUGCGACGGGUGUCUGCGCGGGUGUCUGAGACGGGUGCCUGCGACGGGUGUCUGAGACGGGUACCUGCGCGGGUGUCUGAGACGGGUGCCUGCGCCGGUGUCUGCAACGGUUGUCUGCGACGUGUGUCUGCGACAGGUGCCUGCGCGGGUGUCUGCGACGGGACCGUUGAUGAAGAUGAGAAAUCUAUCUAUCUAUCUAUCUAUCUAUCUAUCUAUCUAUCUAUCUAUGGACAGAGAGCUCUUUGUGAAAAGGGGAGGCUAGCUUACUUCUCUCUAGUCUAUUUCAAUCUGUUCAUUAUCUCUCUCUCACUCUAUCUAUCUAUCUAUCUAUCUAUCUAUCUAUCUAUCUAUCUAUCUAUCUAUCUAUCUGAUUCUGUUUCUAUCUAUCUAUCUAUCUAUCUAUCUUAUAAGAUAAGUGUAGUGACCAAGUGA